CCUACUGGAACCGUACCGAGAUCAUAAGAAGCAAGUGCUAAACAAUCAAUGGGUUUAUACAACCACAUGACAAAGGCGGUUAUUUGUGGAGAACUAAUGACCUUGUUUAUACGGAGAUGUGUUUUCAAUCUUUCUCCCCUAGUUGAGGUUUCAGCUGCACAACUGCAUUUGGGACACUACAAUUCAAAAUAUAAACUAGUUGUUGAUCCUCAUAAAGAGGAUACUAUUAAAAGUGGUUUUGAGAAUGUGACGAGAUGGCUUAUAGUAGCAGAUAUAUUGAGAGGUCUACGGUUAACCCUUGGUAUGGUGUUUAAGGAGCCUGCAACUUUAAACUACCCUUUCGAGAAGGGUCCUCUCAGUCCAAGAUUUCGUGGUGAGCAUGCUUUACGUAGGUACCCUAGUGGUGAAGAACGGUGUAUCGCUUGCAAACUUUGCGAAGCUAUAUGUCCAGCUCAAGCAAUCACUAUUGAGGCUGAGCCAAGAGCUGAUGGGAGUAGAAGGACAACUAGAUAUGAUAUUGAUAUGACCAAGUGCAUCUACUGCGGAUUUUGCCAGGAAGCGUGUCCAGUAGACGCCAUCGUAGAGGGACCGAACUUCGAAUAUUCUACUGAAACACAUGAAGAAUUACUGUAUAAUAAAGAAAAAUUGCUGCAAAAUGGUGAUAGAUGGGAAGUCGAAAUCUCAGAAAACCUAAAAGCAGAUUAUGUGUAUCGAUGAAGUAUCAUUUCGUUCAUUUGGUUUGUAAAUGAUUUAAUUCACAGGAUCUAUGCACUACUAAUUUCAUAUUUAAACAACCAAUAUCAACUUUUCUCAUAUGUUAGAUUGUUAACGAAUUCAAGACAGCUGGUUAUUCCUAGUGAAGAAAUACAGUGAAUAUGGACAAAUUUCUUUUAUUCAAAUAUUGAUUGAGUGAUUUGGCUUUAGGCUAGAUUCUCAAAGUUUUGAUGAUGAAGUUCAACGAAGUCGAAAUCGAGAUACCCGCUCACUAAUGACAUUAAAUGAUGAUCGCACCGUGUUUCAAAUUGAAGAAAAAUUAAAUUGUGAAUCAUUGACUUGUGACCUGUCUGGUUAAGUAUGUUUUCCUGGUCGGAAAGAUUAAACGCCCUUAGUUCCAUCUCAUUUGGGGUCAUAAGUGUGCAUCAGUAAGAAGUCUCAAAGUAUGACUAGAUACUUACCUUCUACUACAUGGUUCUCGGUAGUUUUUAUUUGGGCUAAAAACGAACUGACUAACUAUUUAGUCAUCUCUUUAUUUUGCUCAUCAUUGUUUCUUGAUAAUGUUCUCUUUUCUAAUCAUCACAUCACAAUAACAGAUAGAAAGUGAAAAUCAGCAACCAAAGUAAACAUAUUUGCUUCUUUCAUUUUUUUGACAAAUGACAUAUGCCUAGUAUGCGUGACUGUCGAGCUGUCUUCAUCAUUAUAAAAUUUAUUAUUACUGUGUAAAGCUUGUG